AACAAUGAAGACCAAAGUAAUCAUCUUUCUAACAUUGCAACUACUGACGUUGAUAACAGCUGAAUCAAGCCAAGAAGAUGGAAACAAUUUAGAAUAUUUCGAAGAGAAGCUCACAAAAGCAAUGGACGAACUCAAUAGCAAAGACGUCAUCGACGUUUAUGGCGAUAUGAUAAUCCUGGAAAAGGUUGCGGAAGAUAGGAAAUCAUCGGAGGAGAGCACGGAUCCGCUUGUGAGCAGAAUUGAAAAAUUCUUAAGAACUCGAAAAAUACAAAUUAAUUUCCCUAAUGACGCUUCAACCGUUGGCUUGUUCGCACGCGCCCUCGGCCAGAGAAAUAUCGACGUAGAGCUUAGAAGUCUGACACAUGGGACAUCCGAAGCACGCACGAAAUUGAAGAGGAUGAUCAUGCCGCUGUUGAUCCUGCUGAAGCUAAAAGCAAUAAUCGUUCUGCCUAUCGUAAUUAGCUUGAUCGCCCUGAUAGGUAUGAAGGGCUUGGGCGCAGGUCUUAUGUCGCUCUUAAUUUCCGGAGCAGUAGCCUUGAAGGCCCUUGUUACACCACCCCCGCCGUCAAGAGUCAGCUAUGGAAUUAUAAGACCACACGAAAUUCACCAUGAUCACUGGCACAGGUCAGAAGAAGAAGUCAAUCAACCAUACAAAGGCUGGGCACCAGAAUAUAAUGGCGAACAUUACCCGUACCAUGACAUUCCAUAAAAUGCAAUGUGUCCUUGCCAUUCACAUUCGACUAUUUAUUUUUAUUUAUUGUAUGCCUUCACAUGUUUGCAUUAUACAAUAAUAAAAUAAAUCAUCCUUUUAUAAAAUUUUGUCUUGAUCAUUGCGAGAUAUUGGAAAAUUAUCGGAGACGUUGUAUCAUCGUGACAUCGACGAACUGUCAAAAAUGUCAUAUCAUCGCAAUAUGGCAAAUUGCCAAGCUCAAAUACGUCAUAUCUUACUAGUGCUCGACCCAAAUACGCACGUGUUAUCCGCGACAUAAGGAUAAUAAGGAUUAUUUACGGCAAGGGUUUUACAAUUUGUAAAUAAUUAAAUAAAUAUCGAAAAAGACAUAUAUAUACAUAUAAGUAUAUAGUCGUAAGCGGGUUACUCAGUCGGCCAGACGAGAAGGCUAAUGACCUAGAUGGAGGUUCACGGACGGAAGGGAAGAUAGAAAUGAUGUUGCGCGGGUGGGAGAAGCGGAGAAAGACCGG